AUGUCUUCACCGGUGCUUUCACCAGCAUCACAGUGUUCUGCAUCAACCGAUUCCGAAGAUUUAUCACUUGACGAUAAUCAAAUUUCAUUUAGCACUAAAGAUGUGCGCGUGCAACCAAUAGAGAUGUCUAUGAAGCCGAGAAAGGACGAGAGUGUCCGCGUUGCUGUGCGUAUCCGGCCCAUGCUACCUCGCGAGCUUGCUCACAAUGCCGCUACGUGCGUGCACAAGUCCAAAGAGGCAGCGAAUACCAUCGUGUUAAAUGACGGAAGUGAGCGAAUCUACACAUUCGACUAUGUAUUUCCACAAUCAGCAAAUCAAUUAGAACUGUACAAUGAAGCUUUGGAUCCAUGGAUGGCGUCGUUUUUGCAGGGAUUUAACGUGACAGUCAUUGCCUAUGGACAAACGGGGUCAGGCAAGACACACACGAUGGGGAACCACGUGCAUUCUAUGAUGAGCAAUAAUGUACUUUUGAGCUCCUUGUCGUUUACUGAUGAUCACGAGGAAUUGGCUGAUAAUUUGGAUGACGACGAAGGUCUGAUUCCUCGCUUUCUGUAUCAAUUGUUCUCUAAGUUAAAAGACCAUGAUAGCAAAUACCAGUUGUCUGUAUCAUUUCUGGAAAUUUACGGAGAGGAUAUUUACGAUUUACUUGAUAGUUCUAGAGCUGAUCGACGGUCAGAAUCCCUGCAGUUGAGAGAAAGUAAAAAAAAUGGCGUGUGGGUACAAGGACUGACUGAAGUGUGCAUUUCGACUCGUCGAGAAGCAUUACAACAAAUGCGUCGUGGAUCGAUGCAAAGAAUUACUGCCACUACUCAGAUGAAUGAAAGGUCGAGUCGAUCUCAUGCGGUUUAUACGGUAAAGCUCGUCCAACGCGUGUCGGAACAAAAAGCAGUCGGAAAAUCAUCCAAAUCAAGUGACCAGCAAAAGGGAAAGUCUGUGAAGUGCACAAUUGUUGACAUGCGUGAUGGUGAAGCUGCAGAACAAGAAGCAGUGAUCGUUUCAAAACUUACCUUUGUGGAUUUAGCAGGUAGUGAGCGCCUUAAAAAGACCCGGGCAGAAGGUGAACGUAUGAAAGAGGGAAUUCAAAUAAACGUGGGACUUUUUGCACUUGGUAAUGUCAUUAAUGCGCUAGGCGAUGAUAAGCGUUUGUCAGCUUCGCACGUACAUGUUCCGUACAGGUCUUCGAAGCUGACGCGCCUGCUUCAAGACGCACUUGGUGGAAACAGCAGAACGCUUUUCAUUGCAUGCGUGUCUCCUGCAGAUUACAAUACAAACGAAACCUUAAACACACUUCAAUACGCUAAUCGCGCCAAAAAUAUUCAAAAUAAGGCUGUAAAGAAUAUUGACAAGCGCUCGACCGAAAUAGUGAACUUGAAAGCCUUCAAUCAUAUUCUUUGUCGCGAGUUUGUCAAGACAAUCCUGAGUGAGAAUGGUGUCACUGAUGUUGAUGCCCGAACGGAAGGUUGUAUGACGAGCUCAAAGGUGUUAGCAUAUUUAGACAAGAUUGCAGAGAUUGCAGCGUCAGCAAAUGUUGAGGCAUCCAAUGACGAGUGUUUAGUCAUAAUACAGCGUCUUCUGCGGCAUCUUAUGACAUAUCUGCACGAAUUAGUGCCAAGUGGGAAUUACCAGCAUACACUCACCUUGGCGAGCUCAACCGGAGCUAAACACGAUUGUUGUCAGCCGCCUGAUGAACACAUGGAUCCUAUAAUCAAUAGUGGCUCAUCGAUAGCCAUUUUAGAGGACCAAAUGCCAGAUCUGGAUGGAGCAUUUAUGGUGCCUUAUCCAUUUGAAAAUUUGUGUCGCAUUUUGGAGAUCAUAAACUGUGCGUUUGAAAUGCAAGAAAUUAAAAGCACUGGAAAGCAGCAGAACGAUCGUUUAAAAGCUAAAAUCAAACAUUUCGAGAUGCGGUAUCAUCGUCAAUUGUUGUUGCGAAAUGGGCUAGUAAGUACAAUUGAAAGGAUCCGCACAUGGCUAGCUGAGCAUGCAUUGGAUGAGACACCGGGAACCCAACUUACUAUAACAAGGAGUUUGGAAGAAGCAAUGGCAAACCUUAAGUCGGUGGACGUCGAGAUGGAAGAAUUACAGUUUCAAAAAGAUGAGCUGACUCGUGAACAGGGAGAGCAGAUAAUACGCAGUCAGAUUAAGUGGAAAAAUAAGCAAAUUCAGAUCGAGCGAAUAAGAGAGAAUUCUGAGGUAGCCGCAACAAAUGCGCUGGACAUUAUGACGCGUAGGACCGAGAUAAAGGUUCGCUUUGAUGGGUAUGAUUUAGAUAGUAUCUCGGAUUUUCUAAAAGAGGAAGAAAAGGAAAUAGCGGCUUUUUUGUACGAGGACAACGCAACCUUAUCGCUGACAACGCCACUUUUUUCGCGAGAAGAGUUGUCACUGUCCCAUACCCACGAGAUCUGGUCGAUGAUUCAGGAUCAACUUCAGUAUGCAAAUGACAAAGAAACUUUAGAGGCCUCGAUGAGCAAAGAGUUGCGAAAACGAACGCAAUUGAUUCAAAAUAUCACAACUGGGCUUAAAGCAAAGGAUGGCGGGGAAAUGACCGAACAAGAGUUUAUGGAGAAGAAUGAACAAAGUUUAAAGACUUGCGAAGAUUGUAUUUGUUACUUUCGAGACGCAAUGCGCGCUAAGCAAAGCCAAAGGGCAUCGAUGGACAAAAUAUUGGACUCAAUUAAGUCAUUAGAGUUAGCAAAGGACGUGAUUAAAAGGCUCAUUGUGGAAAAUUACUCGCAAUGGAGGAUGUACAUGGUUUGUGACGAAGAGGAAAACAUGAAGAGAAAGCGUGAAGCUGAGGAAAUCGCGUUUCAGUCUUUGGAAACUGCUAAGAUCGCUAUGGACAAAAAAAUUGAGAACCUUGAAGCAAAGUAUCUGAUGGAUGUUCAGAGUGCUCGUCAAAUGGUGAUGAGUUUUAAUGAUGCAGUCGGAUCAAGGACGGAUCUUGAGCGUUUCACUAAAGUUCAAGAAUUUUGCGACAUAUCUGCUUCGAACGAAAGCGAAAAGAUUUCUGUCUGUCAGCUCGCUGAAAAGGGUGAGCAGCUAGCGAUAAUGCGAGAAAAAUUGGACUGCUUACAAGCACCCGCAAUGCACGUGGAGAUGAAGGAUGAGUUAAAUAGCCUAAUGAAAAGAUGCCAGGAGAUCUGGAAUGAACUGGGAGUCAACGAAAACGAUCAGGCAAGCAGAUUCCAGGACAUGAUUAAUCAUUUAGUGAAGAAGUGCUCUAAAGAACUUGAAGGACUUGAAGCCGCUCGAAAUAAGCUUCAUGCACGAAUUAAUGACACUUACCUUGUUGUUCACCAACUAGAAGCUGUCCUCCAGGAUGUUGAUCGUGUGGAUAUAGAUUCGCUUUCAUCUUUGGCUGGUCCGACACUGCUCGAGCAAGAAAAAUAUAUAUAUUCGAGACAAAAACGUCUAUCGCAUGAUUUUUGGCAACGAGUUAAGGCCUACCUUCAUAUAUCUGAUGGAAUACGGGGGUUAAUGGCUGAUCUGCAAAUCGAAACAAUAGACGAUUUUUCUCAUGUUUCUUACGAAGACAUUGGUUGGUUCGACGCGGAAGGUUUUAAACUGGCACCGGCAGAAUUGCUCGCUUGUAGACAGUUUCAAGAGAAUGAGGAUGAUCCAGACGCAAUGACAAAAGCACUGGAAAGUAUAGGCGAUGGCGCUAGAAUCUCUAAAUUAGCAGAACAUCGAAAUGAAGUUUUGUUUGAAGCGUUGCUUACAGAAAAAACCAAGCGGAUCGUUGAGCUACAAAAUUUGUCUGAGGCAAUUCGAACAGUGGCUCAAAGCUCUUCCUUAUCUCGACGUGAUAUUAUUUCUGUGAUCAAUGCAUUGCACUGUGCUGAUGGCGAACAUGUUUCUGAAGAUACAAACGAGACGAAUGAGGUUAUAGAUUUGUCUGCUUGGAUAUUCCAGACUGGUGGACAUCUUGACGUGAGUAAGAAGACAAAAGAAAUUCUUUCUGAGUUACUGAAAGAAUUUCAAAAGAUUGAAGCAGGACGGUUGGCUGCUCUUGAGUUUCUUCGUCGAACUAAAGAGGAAGCGGCAAUAUUGCUUCGAGACAAACGAUUUGUUGAUAGCGUAGACGACCAAAUGUCACAUUUCCUGAUGGAAGAUUUGCAACGGAAUGAAAAUUUUAUGGACAUCCUUGAUGCUGGAAAGAAAAUGUUGGUUGGUCUGAAAGAGCCUGUCAAAAACGUGCUGUGCAGCUUGUUGUCUACGACAAACGAUGCUUUUGCAGCAUUCGGCAUCGAUACCAAAGAGCACCAAGCGAGUUUUUAUUUGGGCUCCAAAGACGAAGGACAGAGGGCACGACGUGCUCUACUCGAAAAGUAUGCAAUGCAUUCGACAAGUUUAAUGCCUGCGUCGGAGGAUAAAAAGGAGGGUAUAGAACACUGCAACGACUCAUUGCUGUCCAAUCUUGAUCCUGCAUUUGGCCAGUAUUGCUGGGUUUGUUCGAUUUCGUACGGAAAGAUUCAAUUGCAAGAGCUUCGUGACUCAAUUGCAGAUAUUGACGAAAUCCAAUGCAUGGUCAAAAGUACGCAAAAAAGAAUUGACUCAUUGCAGAAAAUAAUGAAGAUUUAUACCAAAAUCAACGAGUUCAAAGCCAAGAUUGCCGAAUUUGAAACUAGCGCAAGUCAGAAAGAGCGCUUAUUUGGAAACUCUUUGAGAUUACUCGAAGAGGAAAGAUUCCGUAAAAUGGCCGCCAAGCAUUACCCAAAUCUACUCGCUUCGUUGCGCAAAGAAGUUACGCGCUGGCUUCAAAAUGAAGACGGCGAAUUUAAUCUCAGUGUGCUAGGCGAAGACCUAAAAAAGUUUAUCUUGGAAAUGAUGAACACUGACACUGGUCUGAUGCAUCUUGACUUGAGUACUGUGCGCCGUUCUGCAAAGCACCCACUGACUUCAAGUUCGAGCACUUCCAACCUUCAGAUAUCUUCCAAAGGCAGUGCUCGCGCACGCACGCAGUCUGCACACGUUUUGAACUUAGAAACAUGA